AGCUAGUGCGCCUGCCCGGCAGUGGUUAGAGGAGGCGGGGCUCAGCGCCGGGUUGCGUUGGCUCCGAAUUCUGGACUGUGUUGGGGGGGCAGACUGUAGAGAGAGGUGCCCCGGGGUUAGGGGCGUCUUACACCCAAGCGUGAGGAGGAGGCACAGGGCAAGGCCAAGCUCGCACCGGUCGGGGUUCGGUCGGCGUGCCGGCAGGUCCUGCGCGAUAUGGGGGAGGUGGAAAUCUCCGCCCGGGCCUACGGGAAGAUGUGCCUGCACGCCUCUCGGUACCCACACGCCGCGGUCAACGGGCUGCUGCUGGCUCCCGCGACGCGGUCCGGAGAAUGCCUCUGCCUCACCGACUGUGUGCCGCUCUUCCACAGCCACCUGGCCCUGUCCGUCAUGCUGGAGGUCGCGCUCAACCAGGUGGACGUGUGGGGCGCACAGGCCGGUUUGGUGGUAGCUGGGUACUACCAUGCCAAUGCGGCUUUGGACGACCAGAGCCCGGGGCUUCUGGCCUUGAAAAUCGCUAGUCGAAUUGCAGAAUUCUUCCCUGGUGCAGUGCUUAUUAUGCUGGAUAAUAAGAAGUUGGUGGCUCGGCCCCGUGUACCUCCUGUCAUCGUCCUGGAGAACCAAGGUCUUCGAUGGGUGCCCAAGGACAAGAAUUUAGUGAUGUGGAGAGACUGGGAGGAGUCCCGACAGAUGGUGGGAGCACUGUUGGAGAGCCGGGCCCACCAGCACCUUGUGGACUUUGACUGUCACCUUGAUGACAUUCGGCAGGACUGGACCAACCAGCAGCUUAACUCUCAGAUCACUCAGUGGGGUGGUCCCACCAAUGGAAACGCCUGAGCCAGGAGGAUCCUAAUACAAUAAAGACACGGGCUGGUGGGCAA